GCCGGGGGGACAGGAGGCGGCGCCCGCGGGCGGCCGGCCCCGGCAUGGAGAAGCGGGCGGCCGCGGGGUCGGAGGGGGCGCCGGGCGCCCGGGCGCAGCUCGCCGUCGUCUGCCUGGUAAACAUUGUUCUCACCGGGCGGCUCAGCAGUGCAGUUCCUGCCUUAGCCGCCUGCAGUGGGAAGCUGGAGCAGCACACGGAGCGGCGCGGCGUCAUCUACAGCCCGGCCUGGCCCCUCAACUACCCUCCAGGCACCAACUGCAGCUGGUACAUCCAGGGUGACCGCGGGGACAUGAUCACCAUCAGCUUCCGCAACUUCGAUGUGGAGGAGUCCCACCAGUGCUCCCUGGACUGGCUCAUGCUGGGCCCAGCGGCCCCGCCCCGCCAAGAGGCCUUCCGGCUCUGCGGUUCCGCCAUCCCACCUGCCUUCAUCUCGGCCCGGGACCACGUCUGGAUCUUCUUCCACUCUGACGCCUCCAGCUCCGGCCAGGCCCAGGGCUUCCGUCUGUCGUACAUCCGAGGGAAGCUGGGCCAGGCAUCCUGCCAGGCCGAUGAGUUCCGCUGUGACAAUGGCAAGUGCCUGCCAGGUCCGUGGCAGUGCAACACGGUGGACGAGUGCGGCGACGGCUCGGACGAGGGCAACUGCUCGGCGCCCGCCUCCGAGCCGCCGGGCAGCCUGUGCCCCGGGGGCACCUUCCCCUGCAGCGGGGCGCGCUCCACGCGCUGCCUGCCGGCCGAGCGGCGCUGCGACGGCUCGCAGGACUGCGGGGACGGCUCGGACGAGGCCGGCUGCCCUGACCUGGCGUGCGGCCGGCGGCUGGGCAGCUUCUACGGCUCCUUCGCCUCCCCGGACCUGUUCGGCGCGGCGCGUGGGCCCUCGGACCUGCACUGCACGUGGCUGGUGGACACGCAGGACCCGCGGCGCGUGCUGCUGCAGCUGGAGCUGCGGCUGGGCUAUGACGACUACGUGCAGGUGUACGAGGGCCUGGGCGAGCGCGGCGACCGCCUGCUGCAGACGCUGUCCUACCGCAGCAACCACCGGCCCGUGAGCCUCGAGGCCGCCCAGGGCCGCCUCACCGUGGCCUACCACGCCCGCGCCCGCAGCGCCGGCCACGGCUUCAACGCCACCUAUCAGGUCAAGGGCUACUGCCUCCCGUGGGAACAGCCGUGCGGGAGCGGCGGCGAGGGCGCCGCGGGCGCUGCGGGUGAACAGGGCUGCUUCUCCGAGCCCCAGCGCUGCGACGGCUGGUGGCACUGCGCCAGUGGCCGCGACGAGCAGGGCUGCCCCGCCUGCCCGCCGGACCAGUACCCCUGCGAGGGCGGCAGCGGCCUGUGCUACACGCCGGCCGACCGCUGCAACAACCAGAAGAGCUGCCCGGACGGCGCCGACGAGAAGAACUGCUUCUCCUGCCAGCCCGGCACCUUCCACUGCGGCACCAACCUGUGCAUUUUUGAGACAUGGCGCUGUGACGGCCAGGAGGACUGCCAGGACGGCAGUGACGAGCACGGCUGCCUGGCGGCCGUGCCCCGCAAGGUCAUCACGGCGGCGCUCAUCGGCAGCCUGGUGUGCGGCCUGCUGCUCGUCAUCGCCCUGGGCUGCGCCUUCAAGCUCUACUCAUUGCGCACUCAGGAGUACAGGGCCUUCGAGACCCAGAUGACGCGCCUGGAGGCUGAGUUUGUGCGGCGGGAGGCACCCCCAUCCUAUGGGCAGCUCAUCGCCCAGGGCCUCAUUCCGCCCGUGGAGGACUUCCCCGUCUACAGUGCAUCCCAGGCCUCGGUGCUACAGAACCUUCGCACAGCCAUGCGGCGACAGAUGCGCCGGCACGCCUCCCGCCGAGGGCCCUCCCGCCGCCGCCUCGGCCGCCUCUGGAACCGGCUCUUUCACCGGCCGCGGGCGCCGCGGGGACAGAUCCCACUGCUGACGGCUGCCCGCACCUCACAGACGGUGCUAGGCGACGGGCUUCUCCAGCCUGCAUCAGGGACCACCCCGGAGCCCCCAGCACCCCUCACGGACACAGGCAGCCCCGUGGCAGCUGGGGAUGGGCCCCCCCCAGGCCAUGCGCCAGAAGUGGGAUCUGCCGUGCCGCCCCCCUCUGGCCUGCGGGACCUGGAGGGCAGGCUGGUGGACAAGGACAGAAAAGCCGGCAGGGACCCUCGGGUGGACAGCCCGGCCCCCGUGGACAUGACUCGGGAGCCCUGCUCGGCUCAGGACCCUCACCCCCAGGCUCCCACUGCCAGCAGCACUCUAGGCCCCCACCCAGCAGAGCCACUGGGUGUCUGCAGGAGUCCCCCACCGCCCUGCUCCCCAACGUUGGAGGCCAGUGACGAUGAGGCCCUGCUGGUCUGCUGACCCGCCGGACAUGCUGGUGACCGCCACAGCCCCGCUUUGUAACCAGGGAAUACACAGUCAUUUCUACCCUGCCUCCGCGUCCUUCUUUCUUACAGAGAGGCUGCCCGGAAGCCCAGCCGCCGGCUUGCUGCAUCGGCACCCCUAGCCCUGGUGGGCCUGGCGGGUGGGGGCCGUGGGGGCUGGAGCAAGGAGGCAGGUGGAGUCAGGAGCCCCGCGGCAGGCACUCUGGGUCUCACUCUCCCUCCCCCUCCUCCGUUCUAGGAAUCCAUCUCCAGGGAGCAGGAGGGCUAGGGC